AUAAGGCCCGUUUGUGAUUCUCGUGUUUGGACGAGCAUCCCAAACUGAACCAUGGCCACGAUUUCAAGUGCUAUCCAACUGAGAGUAGUACCUUCAAGACCCACUCUUUCUUCUUCUUCUCCGUCUCUCCCAAACCUCAAAUCUCGGUUCGUGGGUGGCGUACGAGCGAAGAGACUAGGAUGGUGCAGGCCCUCCGGACUUGGGCCCGGCUGUGGUUCAAGAACAACCUGUUGGUUCAGGUUCGGCAAAAAUGGCGUCGAUGCUGAAGGUGCCGGCAUUUAUGGUAGCCAAUCCCGAAACGAUUUUGACCGAGAUGAUGUUGAACAGUACUUCAACUAUAUGGGCAUGCUUGCUGUUGAGGGUUCAUAUGAUAAGAUGGAAGCUCUUUUGAGCCAAAAUAUUCACCCAGUCGACAUUUUACUCCUCAUGGCUGCCUCUGAAGGCGACAAGCCUAAAAUCGAAGAGUUACUAAGAGCCGGUGCUGAUUAUACUGUGAAGGAUGCAGAUGGCCGUACUGCACUUGAUAGAGCUAAUGAGGAAAUCAAAGACUUCAUUCUUAACUUUUCAGUCCAGAAGGCAUAACUAAUUAACACAAUUCUGAUCUGUUGUUAACUUUUGUGUUUAAUUUGUAUUUGCCUCUUAUCAGUUUCUUUGACAUUAGAUUUCUUCCAUUCCCUCGUGUUUUUUUUGGCAAACUUUUCUUUUUUUUUUUAUGUGAGUUUCAUGAAUCUAUGUUUGGCAUCAACCUGUCUUCAGUUCUCAAGAUCAGAGUAGUAGCUAUGAUAAUUUAAUUUUAGUGUCACUCCUGAACAUCUAGUUUGUAAUUUAAUUUGUACCCGAUUUGGAAAA